ACCCAGCGCUUCUUCGAUCAGACGGUCACCGACCUCCCUUUUUUCCUCACUCUCGAGCCGACUGAUUGUUCCCCGGCGUCUCGUCGCCACCGCUCCUCUGCACAUUUCGAUGUGAUGGAGACGGGGUACGACUUCAUUCUCGGCACUCUGUGGUCUCGUCGGUUCCGCAGCACCGAGGCCGAUUGGGCGACCAACACUCUUAUUCUCAAAACGAAGUGUAGACAAACGCAUCGCGUACCUUUCAUAGGUACCACCGCGACACCACGUCCUGAUCCUCCUCGCCCGGAGCCUUCCGUGCCCACACCACCUCCUUCUAUCACUGUCACCUCGCCUCGGCAGUUUGCCCACUUCAUCCGACAGGACGACGUCACCUUCUUUAUGGUGAACGUGACGGAUCUCUUACACUAUGAUCCACCCUGUCCCGACGCCGAGCUCAUCCCUCUGGAGCCAGAUCCUCCUUCUAUCUCCACGGCUCCCAUCUCUACUUCCGUCCGUACCCCGUCCGUCGAGUUCACUCCGCUGUCGCGCGUUGACGCUGACGCUGAGGAACUCGCACGAUAUACGGCUGACCUGGAGCCCGCAGUUUGUGACCUCAUCCGAGAGUACCACGACGUUUUUCCAUCGUCGUUCUCGUACGUCGGCAUCCCACCGAUGCGUGACGUCGAGCACUCCAUUCAGCUUGUGCCUGACUAUCGUGUUCACCACCAGGCACCCUACAGACUCUCGAUCCCCGAGGCCAGCGAACUCAAGCGUCAGCUUGAGGAGCUCCUGAGACUGGGUUUCAUUAAACCCAGCAACUCCCCGUGGGGUGCACCCGUCUUCUUUGCUCGCAAAGCGGAUGAAACUCUUCGUCUUUGCAUCGACUACCGCGGUCUCAACCGCUACACGGUUAAGAACAGCUACCCCAUGCCUCGUUCUGAUGAGCUGUUCGACCGCCUAGUAGGCAACCGCUUCUUUACGAAGAUUGAUCUUCGUAGCGGUUACCAUCAGAUCCGCGUCGCUGCAGCCGACCAGCCGAAGACCGCGUUCCGAUCGCGAUUCGGCCACUACGAGUUCACGGUGAUACCAUUCGGCCUCACUAACGCACCCGCUACCUUCCAGAGGGCGAUGAACGACAUCUUCAGGGACAUCCUGGAGCAGUACGUUCUCGUCCACCUCGACGAUAUCCUGGUCUAUAGUCGUACCCUUGAGGAGCACCUCAGACACCUCCGCGACGUCCUUGACCGCUUGCGCAGACAUGGCUUCUACGCCAAGCUGAGCAACUGCCGCUUUGCCCACCACAAAGUGAAUUUCUUAAGACACUACGUGUCUGACCAAGGUCUCCACAUGGACGACGCAAAGAUCACUAUUAUUGCGGAGUGGUCCGCCCCCACAUCCGCCAAGCAGCUUCGCAGUUUCCUAGGCCUAUCAGGUGAUUGUCCGAUAGCCUUCUACUCCCGUCAUCUCCUUCCCGCCGAGAUAAACUACACCGCUGAUGAACGUCAGGUUCUCGCAGUAGUUUAUGUCGCUCGGCACUGGCGUCACUACCUGCACGGGGCACGGUUCACGGUGCGUACGGACAACUCUGUUGUCCAGGCUUUUCUGACAAAACCGAAGCUCACUCCUCGACAGGCUCGCUGGUGGCGCGACCUAUCCGAGUUUAGUUUCACCACUGAGAACAUCAAGGGUGAGACUAAUCGGGUCGCAGAUGCCCUAUCCCGGCGCCCUGACCACGACCAGGAGCAGAUCCAUCUCUCUUCCAUCUUGGUCACCACCGUCCACCACUCGGUGAUCGACGAGUUUCGCACUCAGUACCACCACUGCCCCGACUAUCGCGACAUCCACGCGACCCUUCGGAGUGGCAAGAUCGUCCCGAACUACUCUCUCAGGGACAACGGUCUUGUGUACUGGCACGGUUCACAGGGCACCAGAGAGCCCCGUAUUUGCGUUCCCUCCACUGGACAGCUACAUGUCCGAGCAGUUGCAAAGUUCCAUGACCAGGCAGUCGCCGGUCAUAUGGGUUUCCACAAGACGUUGGCUCGUGUGAGCCGCCUGUACAUCUGGCCGAAGCGCAAGGACUUUGUGAAGGACUACGUCGCAGAGUAUCCCACCUGCCAGGAGGUGAACAGCGCGAACCACUUGCCUUAUGGUUUGCUCCAGCCUUUUCCUAUCCCUGAGGGUCGUAGGCAGUCCAUCUCGAUGGACUUUAUCGGUCUCCUUCGUCCUCCGACCCCUCGCGGUCAUGAUGCUAUCCUGGUUGUCGUCGACCGCUUCACGAAGCGUGCACGCUUUGUUCCGUGCCGCUAUGCCAUCAGUGCACGUGAGGUUGCCGACAUCGUGUUUGACCGAGUCUGCGCACUCGCGUCUCAGCACGACCUUCCCUGUCCCAGCUGGCAUGGGGAGGAGGAGGAAGUGGGAUGGGAAGCGAGUCAGCAGAACGACAUAGCCGUCUGUCCCACGGAAACAACCCAUGUGGAGUGUGGAUUCCUGCCAAGGUUUGCGUCUGAUGAGAAUUCGCGCGCCGCCAUCGCUGCUUGCUCGCUGCUGAAUUUGUAUAACAAGGAGGUUCUUGGCGACAAGUACGGAAAGUUUCCAGCGCCUCUGUUGAUGACAACAAUGCACUUCUUUAUGCAGUUUUGCUGUGCCGCUCUGCUGCUUCGCAGGUCUGCUCUGUAUGGCAAUGAUGGAGAAGGUAAGAGGGACCCUGAGCUGUCAUGGUAUGACUACCUAACAAAAGCUGUGCCUGCGGGAGUUGCUGCAUCGGUGGACAUAGGCCUGUCGAACAUGGCGAUUGUCAGCUUCCCUCUCAGCUUGCACAUUCUUGUCAAGUCAACUGGUCCUGUCUUUGUGCUGAUAUUUGGGGUUAUCCUUGGCCUUGAGAGACCGAAUUUGAAGCUAUUUGUUGCCGUCCUUGUCAUCUUUGCCGGCGUAGGAUUGACAGUCACAGGAGGUGGUCCAGUGAGGAUUGUAGGUUUGGUGAUGACUGUGUCAUCUGCGGCACUAUCUGGUCUUCGCUGGGUGCUCACAGAAAUAAUUUUGAAAGAGAAGAAACUUGGAAAGGUAGAAGCGAUGUUUUACCUCUCCCCAGUCAUGGCUGUUUUCAUGGGUCUGUUCUCUUUGGUUCUUGAGCCGUGGGCCGAACUGGGUCACACACAUUUUUUUGACACGUCGGCCCACGCGCUCCAGAGUAUGGGUAUCAUGACACUUGGUGGUCUGAUUGCGCUUUGCAUGGUAGGUGCAGAACUGAAGCUGAUUCAGGAGAUGAGCGCAUUAACAAUGGGCAUUGCUGGAAUCGUGAAGGAUUUGUUUGCUGUGGUCGGUGCUGUCAUCAUCCUGCACGACGCACCAUUACGAGUCCGCAUGGUGUUUGGGUUCUUUGUUGCCGUCUGUGGAGUUGCAUACGUGAAUGCCAUUCGACUAGGGGGUAAUGCAGGGCGAGGAAAAGGGUUGGAAGAGGUGAACGGGGAGAAGGCAGUUGAAAAAGGACCUGGUGACACCGAGUUUGCAAUGCUGUUGCGUGAGGAGUCAACCGACGAAGAGUUUGAAAUGAUCUUUCGUCAUGGCGAUGUACAGCAUCCCGGUGAAGUUGAUAGGAGCCAGCCAGGCCGUGCCUGAAGUAGAGAGGGACUUUGCUGUUUGUGCAGGGUUGCCUAGUUUUGUUUGCUAACAGAGCACUCUGGUCCUCCGAACUCCAUAGGAAGUUCCUGGGGUAAUCGACUGGAUCGCCAGGCAAUGGAUAGGUGAUGGGAUGCGCCUGUUUUGUGCAGGGUUGCCCAAUGUAUGCGCUAGCAGUGCAGUUUGAUUCUCGUGACCCCAUGUUGGGUGCAUGAGGUAGUGGAUUUGAUCCCUGGGCAUUGGAUUGGUGGUAAUGGGAUGCAUUUCUUUCUUGUAAGUUUCUCCUUUCAUCGUUAGUUGUGCUGGAAACGGGCUCUCGCUUAGAUGCACUCCAAGCAGAUUCGCAGCGACGGAUUGCAGAGCUUGGUGGAAGCUUCUGAGUGCAAGAUCCUUAGGGUUACGGAUCAUCACAAGGAUGGCAAAGCAUGCUGCGAUGGGGACCAUGCUUUGUCUAAAUGUCUGAUGAGACGCUGAGGCAUCGGCGCAACCUCCCCUUCCGUGGCUUUCAGUCGACAGGUAACAAGGAUCAUCCCAGGCAGCAGUACUAGUUUCUUGUGGUAGGUUAGUGCUGGCGAGUAAUAUUUCUGAGGCUGCUAUGGCGCUUGUUGAAUGAGUUACGAGACUGAGAAUCUGGUGGCUGAGUGGUGAUCCAAUGACGUGAGGACCGGUGAGGUACACACACCAGGUGUAGUGGGACCAUGUCUGCACGGGAGCAAGUGUCAUCUCGUCUAUUGGCUUAUCGCGGUAGGGAAUGCUCCACCAUGUCAUUUACAAUGGUGUUGUGGUGAGUGUACUCGAAAACUCGUUCGGGAUAUAGUGAGGAAGCCAGUCGGAAGGUGGUAGCAUAAAUGUAUAGCCAGAGCCUGUUUUGGGUAGCACAGCAGUAAUGUGUAUGAGAUGGAAGAGAGGAAGUGCGAUGUGCUAUAUGUGGUGACUCUGAGGAGCAGAUAUCAUCUCCUAAUUCAAGCUGUGGAUUGCAGGCCUUGUUUGCGGUCGUCAGUAGCGUUUGAUUUUGUGCGUGAGAGCAAUUUCUUUGCUCUUCAGGGGACCCGAGUGUGUGAGUGGGGGGAUGCUUGCCGACUCCUCGCUUCAAUUUGUGCCUCUGUUGCAAGGGCUGUGCCGUCAGUGCCUGAUCUUAUGGUGUAGUGCCAGAGAGCUGUGUGUUUGCUCUUUCGGGACUGAACUGUGCGAGUAUGGGCAUGGCGGUGGCUUGCACAUUUCAAUGCAUGCCAUCUAUUGCCAGGGCUUGGCCAGAAGACUAUUUAACAGGUGGCAUGUAAAUGCUGCAGAGCGUUGUUUUUCUUGAUAGAUCUCAAUGCUCUGCCCUGCAAUGAAUGUGUCCUGGUUCC